CAAGUGUUUGUAUUAGAGGUCGUUUAGGUGAUAUCGAAGUAUUUUCUCUCUGGUAGUAUUAAGGAAUAAGUUCCAAAUAAUCGUUGUUUAAAUGUGUAGUACUAGUAAAAUGGAAAAUGAGAGUGACCCAGUGGUUAAAGAGAUUCCAGUGUUUCUUUCAAAAACACUCGCAGAUAAAUUAUUUAUUUUUCAAUAUCCCGUCCGUCCUUCUGGGGAAGGUUAUGACAAUACCACUUUCUUAAAAACUUCAAUAAAGCCAGAGAAUCAGGAAGUGCUCAUAGAAGUAGCAAUAGAUACACAUAGUGUCAAUUAUGAUCAAAGUAAAGGCGAACAAAUUGCAAUAAAUGCUGAUGGAGAUACAAACGUUGAUCAAGAAGAUGAUGAAAAGGCAUUUGACAGUAAUCUUAUGGAUAAAACAGUAUUACAGUCUUCUCGUGCAUUACCAAACUGUUCUAAUUAUGGAAUCGGUAUUUUCCAAGAUGGAGAAUUACAUAUAACACCAUUAAAAGGAAUUAUUCAGUUGCGCCCAGAGUUUAACUAUCUAGAUAAAAGUGAUAAACGUAUAAGAGAUGAUGCCAAAAAUAUGGGUGAAGAUUAUGAAGAGGAAGAAGAAGGUCCAAAACAAGUCAAUGUAACCUUUGCUAGACAAAAGCCUGAGUUUAUGAAAAAGAUGCAGGAGCAAUCUUUUCAACAUCAUACCAAAAAAAGUUUAGAAGAAAGAUGGAUUCAUACAAAUUAUGUUCCAGUAAAUGGUGCUCAGGCAGAGCUUACACGUUUAGAAAUGUUUUGUUCUGCUACUGAUGAAACCGUAAAUACAUUGAAUAUAUCAACUGAACAAUAUUUAGAUCUGUUAGCACCACGAAUAAAAGAUGAAUCAAAAUCAGAUAUUGCUAAUCCAACUACAUCUCUCAAUUAUAUUAGAACUUUACCUCUUCUUGAUCAAGUUAAAACACUCAUGAAAGAUGCCAAAGUAAUAUCCUUUGCACAGUUGAGGUUAAUUUUAUCACCAGAUCAGGAGACAACAGCUGUUUUAAAAUAUUUGCAACAAGUAGCAGUUUUAGUACAGGGAAAUUGGGUCGUAAGUAGUGAACUUCUGUAUCCAAAGGAUAGUAUAUCAUCACACAAUGGUAUUCCUGCUGAACUUAUGUGUAGAGCUAGGGAUUAUGUCUUAUUGUCCUUUACGGAACACGAAUUCCUAGACCGAAAAACAAUUUCAUCUGUUAUUAAAUUGCCUCCUGAUGAAAUUAAAGAAAUAUUUACAAAUUUAGCAGUACACGAACCUAAGAAAGGAUGGCAUUUAGUCAUUCCACCUACUAAAGAAUUUACUGAAAGGUAUCCUGAAAUUGCACAAAGACAAGAAAUGUUUUGGGAAGCAAAACGAAAACAUCUCCGUGAAGCUAUGGAAGUUCACAAUCAAAUUCCACAACGUCAAAGACGGAAAUCAAACAGAGAAUCUGUUGGAUCUGAAAAUGAAGAAAGAAACGUGGGACGCGGACGGAAAACGUUAAGAGAUUCUUCAAUGUCCGAUAAUGAUAGUGUAAUGGAACCAGUAAAACAUAAAAAAACUAUUCGAUCCCGCAAAGCAUCUGAAACCACGUGACCAAAGUUGAUGCGUGAUUAACAUUAACUAACAUAUUCCUAUACAUUGUUGAUAUAUUGAAAAUUGUGAAAAAUUCAUCGGAAUUAUGAUAUUACGUCAUAUAUGUUUAGAUUCACUGCCAAAAUUUUACGAUAUAUUUGUAUUUGUAAAUUAUUUAGGUAAAAUAUUUUCUAGUCUCAGUUGACUGGUCUAACAAACGAUAAUACAGAGUCCAAAAAUUAAUGAUGUAUGUAAAGAAAUUUUACACCUUAUUGCCGUAUCUGUUUAUUUAAAAUGUAUGCCUUUGGUUUCUGUAUGUCGUGCAUAAUAUAACAUUUAGUUCAGUUUAACUGUUUAUUGAAAGAUAUGGACAAACAACAAAUAUUUGCAUGGUGAUCAUGGAAAAUUUGUUGGCAAAUGUUACACUAUCGACAAUGAAUGAAUAGCGUAAUAUAACAAAAUUGUAGAAAAUAUUCACUUAUUGUUUCCAAUAGUUCCAGCACAUCGUUGAUCGAUGAGGCAUUGAAAGCAUUGACUGAAAAAUGACUGAUGUUUUUUAUUUUAUUACAAAUAUUUUUUACGAAUGAAAAUAGUAUGAUAUAAAAUCAUAAAUAAUAUUAAGUAGGAACCUUUGUAUAAAAUAUUAAAAUAUGAAAUAAAAUAUGUACGUUAUUUAUUACUGUAAUGUUCGAUGUGUACAUACUUGUAGUUGAAAAAACAUUAUUAUUCCUUGCGUCUUCCAUCUAUUCUAGUUUAUUGUUUAGACAGUAUUGUAUAAACUACUAAUUUUUACUUUGUUUCAAUUUCUAUAUUUAAAUAUUUGUACAGAUAACCAGUAGAUACCGAAGAAAAACAGUGUUAUAUGAUUUUAUAUUGCUAUUAUAUUUUAAAAGUUGUUCCUCAAUUAUGUAAAAAAUAGUACUUGUGUAAAAACAGCAAACACUAAUAAAAGUUAAUGCAGCUA